AUGAAAUUCCGCUACCAGUCUUCUUCCAGGUCAAGUUGUGUUGACGUUGCAGUCAAGGAAAUAGUUUUGAGAGGCGAUACAGACACGUUGACGAUUAUCAAUCGGUUGUCCAAAGAGAUCAAGAUAUGGUUGAAACUUGAGCACGAGAACAUCGUUCCUCUCUGGGGAGUUGCAGAUAGCUUUGGCUGCCUCCCAGAACUUGUUUCGCCAUGGUUAAAAAUGCAUGCUGAGGGCUAUGUUCAACGUUUUGUCAGUGAUGCAAGAGUCAACUCACAGAUUGAGGCAGUGCGUUCCCGACCAAUUACCCAUGGUGACUCGAGCGACAAUAAUGUUCUCGUUGAUAAAGAUGGAAAAGCAAGCUUCACCGAGUUCAGUCUCUCUGCUCUCGUUCCUGAGAGAAGAAGUCAAGCAUUAGUGCCAACCAAUUGCGGAGGAACCGCACCCUACAUGGCACCAGAAUGCUUGGCAGUCGAUGAUGAAGAUGAUGAGUCGACGCCGGUAUUCUCUCCGAAAAGCGAUGUAUACUCUUUCGGAGGGAUCAUGCUGCAGGCACGUAACCUGAAUUAUCAAUAUUGA